AUGGCGAGGCAUGAACAGCUCGAAAUCGACACUACAGGCGUGCUCCAGCGCCCGCGAACAGCAACAGACUGGGACGGGCCCAGCGAUCCUGACAAUCCUCGAAACUUUUCUCUACUGCGUCGGAUAUCGUCGACAUUGGCCGUGACCUUUCUCGCAUUUGUGAGCACCAUAGCUGCUUCGCUCUACAGUCCAGCACACGACGAUGUCUCGAGACGAUUUGGUGUUUCGGAGGAGGUUGCCAUCCUUCCUCUGUCGAUCUACAACUUUGGCCUGGCCUUUGGACCUCCCAUUGGGGCACCUUUGAGCGAGACGUUUGGUCGCAAAGCAGUCUUCUUGACUACUACCCCUAUAUUCGCUCUCUUCACACUUGGGGCGGGCCUCUCCCAGGGACCUGCGUCUUUGAUUAUCUGCAGAUUCUUUGCUGGUGUCUUUGCCUCGCCAGCCAUCAGCAAUGCCUCCGCCACCAUCGUCGACUAUACAGCUGGACGUUAUAGAGCUGUUUCGUUGGCAUUCUACUAUUCCAUACCAUUUUUUGGAGCAGUAUUUGGGCCCCUCCUUGGAGGGCUCGUCGUCGAGGCAAGAGGCUGGCGUUGGACACAAUGGGUUACACUCUUCUUCAUUGUCACGUUUUACAUCCCGAUCGUAUUCACCAAGGAAACCUACAAGAAGACCAUCCUUGAACGGCGAGCAAAAAGACUCAAUAUUCAAGGACCGCCUCAACAACGCCGAUCGAUUCUUGCUGCUGUCAACUACUUCUUGACAACAUUGUUUCUCCGCCCUCUCCACAUGCUCGUCACGGAGCCCAUCGUCACCAUUGUAUGCCUAUACAACGGUUUUCUCUUUGGGCUGAUGUACACCUUCGUCGUCGCAUCGCCCUGGGUCUUCGAGCGCUACUACAACUUCUCGCUGACGGGCCAGUCGUUGUCGUUUCUUGGUUUGAUGGGUGGAACCGCGUUUGCUCCUUGCCCGCUGAUUCUGGUCGACCUGUACAUUUACCAACCACGCCUGAAACAGUUUCGCGCCGAAAACUUGGGCGCCGACGAGCACUUUCCUCCAGAACAUCGCCUCUAUCCAAGCAUGAUCGCAUCCUUCUUUCUUCCUAUCUGCCUGUUGAUAUUUGCCUGGACAGCACACGCUGAAAUUCAUUGGGCUGUGCCGGUAGUAUUCCAGGGCAUGUCGUUUACCGCCACUGUGAUGGUGUACGCAUCGAUGAACUUAUUCAUGGUCGAUGCUUAUGGGCCUCUAUACGGUGCAUCGGCUGCUGGCGCUGCCAUGCUGUCGCGAUAUGGCCUGUCGGCUGCGUUCCCUCUGUUUGCCCUGAAGUUCUACAAGGCACUCGGCGUUGGGUGGGCAACCUCGACUCUGGCAUUUUGCACCUUGUUAAUGGCACCGAUGCCUUGGAUGUUUUAUCGGCAUGGGGGUUUACUGAGGGCGAAGACGAAGUACGAAACAAGCACGUAG